AUGACUCUGGAAGAUGGAUAUGUUCUAGGUCGAGCUAUUGAAGACUCAGUUAGGCUAGAUGCACAGCAUCUGCUUUGGAAGCUUCAUUCAGGCUUCGAGUUACAUCCCGAUAUCCCCAUACAAGAGGACAUGAAGAUUGCAGAUCUUGGGACAGGAACUGGAAUUUGGAUAUUUGACCUUGCAGCACAGCUUCCGACAGUUCAAAUACACGGGUUUGACAUUUCCGACAGUCAGUUUCCAUCAAAAGAGCUAUGGCCUCGAAAUAUUACGUUGGGUCUUCUAAACUCUUUGGUUGAUCCACCUUCGUCUUUACAUGGUCAAUAUGACGUGGUGCAUCUAAGAAUGUGGGCUAGUAAUUUACGAGGAAAGGAUAUAUCAUCAUUGUCCCGUCACAUCAAGCAUCUGUUAAAACCUGGAGGCUAUCUACAAUGGGAGGAAGCUGAUUUGGUACACCAGCAUAUCAAGGGUGUGAAAGCAGAAGAUUUUGAGCGGAAUAUCAAUGAAAUAUUCAAAAGGGCCAAUCUUGACUAUAGUUGGGCUUCGAAUUUACCAGGCCACUUGCAGGAGGACUUCAACAUUCUCCAAUCGGAAACCGGUCGUUUUAAGCCUGAGCUGGUACAACUAUGCACAAACACUUAUCUGAUGGCUCUCCGUGAAAUACUUCAUGGCAUCAAGAGACCACUUGCCCAUGAUAUGCUGGUUUCCACCAAGCAAGAGGUAGCGCUCUAUCAACUACAAAACACAAAGAGCUGUAUUUACAACUGGUCCCCUGUGGUAAUAUUGGCACAAAAGAAAUGA